AUGUCAGACUCUACAGCUCUUCCAAGUGAGCAACGCCAUCAGAACAAGCUCACGAAAUGUUUUGACGAUAUUAUGAAAACUGCAGCAGAGAUGCUGGUGCAACAGCAGAUGAAGAGCAUUCAGCUAAGCUCAGAUAUAGCUGCAGGGUUCACACAGUCGCAGCAUAAGUUGUUGGGAGAAAAGGUGCAUACAUUUCACUCGAUUCUGGACGAUUUGGACCUGACGCUCACAACGGCCAAGAACUGUGUGGAUAAGUUUGCAGCAGAAGCCGCAGCGCGCAGAGAGAAACUGCUUGAAGAGCAAAGAGUUCAGCAAAUCGAGCAAGAGAAGCUGAAGCGGGAACAAGAGGACCAAAAAAGACUGAUAGAGGCGCAAAAAGCAUCAGAAUCGACGCCUUUCGGUCAAAAUGAUUAUCCGGAAUCCACUCCCACAACAUUUCUCAACGAGCUUUCGAAAUCUAACCUCAGCGGUCCAAACCGCAAUCUCAAAGAGAUCACGACCGCUAGUGCGGGACAGAAUGACGCUAAUGACAACACAAAUGGCACGGGCGGUAGCAGCCAUAACACGAGUGGGGGUCAUGAUGGCUACUCCACAGGCCUCAAUGAUUUGAACGACCUGGACCUUUCCAUGUUUGGCGGUAUUGAGCAAAAUGAUCUGGGUUUAGGCUUUGAUGAGGUUCCAAUGGCUGCUAAUAAUAAUGAUAAGAAUUUGAAUAACGAGAGUGGUUUGAACGACUCUGCUCCGCCUAGGGGUAACGAUGGUUCUAAUCAAAUGCUCGGAAAUGACCCUAGUGCCAAUAACACAGACAGCUAUCUGACGUUAAACGAUUUCAAUGAUCUGGGAUUAGAUUGGAAUAAUUCAGAUGCUCAGAAUGGGUUGGAUAUGAGCGAGUUUAACAUAUGA